AUGAAUAUUGCAAUUGCUACAAUGGUUCAAUGCUUUGAUUUUGCGGAAGCUGGAUCAGGCAUGUCAAUAACCACCUUGUCUCAGCAACUUCAGUGCCGGCCUGUGCUGAAAAGAUCAUCAUACACCCACCUUUGUCUCCCUCCAAGCCCACCAGCUCUUCCUCUUAUCGGUCAUCCUCAUCUUCUCAGCCCAACCGUUCACAACUUGGCCGAAAUUUCCUCCAAAUAUGGUCCUCUCCUCCUUCUCCGAAAUUGGAUCUAUGUCUUGCAUUCACGUUUCAUUGCUUCUGUUGCCACUGAAAUGUUCAAAAAACAUGAUAUCAACUUCUCCUUUCUCCCAAAAUCCGCUUUCCGGGAUACUAUACUCUUUGGAGAUUCAGGCUUCGUUGCUGCCCCAGAUGAAGAUUACUGGAAAUUCAUGAAGAAACUUUGCGUUACUCAACUACUUGGAGUGAGACAUAUUGAAAGGUCACUUAGUGUCAGACGUGAAGAACUUUUAUAUUGA